GCCGAAAAGGCAAGCCAAACCUGCAGCCGACGAAGGCUUUUGGGAUUGUAGCGUGUGCACCUUCAGGAACAGCGCCGAAGCCUUCAAGUGCAGCAUCUGCGAUGUCAGGAAAGGCACCUCCACAAG